AUGCAGAGUGAUGACGUCACAGCUACGCAAGAUCUUCUGUACGAAGAAAUGGUCAGCGAUGAUGAUUACAUUGUUAUAGAUGGCAAGGACGUCGCAAAGCUAGUGGAGGAGCUGCAGCAGGCGGGGCAAGACCAGCUCGGCGACGUCCGUGACAGCAGUUCUGGAGACGAAGACAGAUUGUCGCAUGAUUUUUUGACGCUGGCUGAGAAGAGGUCCGAUGAGUGGAAUGGGCGUACCGUUGUACAACCUGUGGAACAAGAAACCGGUGGAGGUCUGGACGAGGAGAAAGGAGCACAAACCCAACGAGAAGAGCUGACGGGCAGCGGAGAGGAUGCAGAAAAACCAGUGGGUAUGGAUUAUUUUAUUGACGAUCAUGUGCAAUACAUGCCGAGUUGGGCAGCUGAAGCCUACCAAUCAGGUGAACAUCGCGACUUGGAGCAUGCUGCGAUGCGAUUAAACCCAACAUCGACUGGGCAGCGUUUGCAUGAUAUUGUGGCAAGGAAAAAGCUAGUUGGUAUCGAAAGCUUGAAAGAUGUGCAAUCGGGAAGGGACGGCAUCGUGGAUUGCACCGUGGAAGAUGUCGCGGAAGACUAUUCAGUACCGCUUGAGUUUGUUGUUGACGCUAUGAUUCACUAUGGCGUCCCUGUGCCGAUAAGUGGCAAUCAAAGUAUUAGGGAUUCGAUGACUAGGGAGGAGAUUGAGAGGUUGUUGAAUCUCAUUACGUCAUUCGACGCUGUAGACUUGAGUGACAGAUACUCGGACAGAACUAUCAACGAGUUAGCGGAGGUUUACGAAAUAUCGGUGGAUGCAAUUUUGGACGUGUGUCAGAAGGAGGCGCUGUACUUAUGCUCAGCGGAAACUACCCGGCUCUCAAUUGUGAGGGAGGACCGCGUGCUUGAUAUCAUUCUGAAAGGAGGAGCGACUGGGAAGCCGUAUCCAUCUUUGCUAGACGGACUUGAAAAGUAG